UUUCCUGUCUAACAGACUGGAGCUGUCUCCAGACAAGCGUUUGAGAGGAGAGAGAGAGGGAAGGUGAGAAAGAGAGUGUUGAGUGAAGUAUGGACAUGGCUGAUGAUAUCCAAAGUUUCAAAGCUGAAUUUUCUGCAACAGAUGAUAAAUCGGGAGUUUGGAAAGUUUAAAAACGUCUUUGGGGACUUCGUAAAGAGCCGAGCUGUAACUGUCAAACCUCUGUAAGCGCUCGGAAAGUUGCACCCGAGACAAAGACUGUUCUGGGGACUGCCCUUAGAGCUCGAAUUUACAUCUGCGCUGCACUGACAGGCGGAGAAACGGCACAGACUGAACUAGUGUCGCCGAAGGGGUUCGCUUUGAAAGGAGAGAAGAACUUAUCGGACAAAGUCCUAAAUCCACUUUUGCAUCGAGAAAUGCGCUAAAACUAUUCCAUGAAGGACUUUAUGGAGACGAGAAGAAGAGUUGUGGUGUCUUCGAGACGCGAAAGUUAGAUAAGAGGAGAGCAGAAGUGGAGUGAAGAUCACUGGAGUGAGAGGAGAGAGUCUACCUGGGUAAGGGGUCAGAUAAUGAAUUAGCGAACACCGAGCGACCUGUGUCCCACUCCCAGCCAACACUAAGCUUGACUCCUGUUCCCCCAGCCCCAGUGAGCCAUGCCCAUGGAUGUGGAGAGGAGCCCUCCUGUCAGCUCACCUGAGCCCCCUGAUGAUGGGGACCCACGUCCCCCCACUCUGCACCCCAACCCCCCCACGGACAUCCCAGUUCCCACCACCAGUCCAACCCCCACACCCACCACAGGUCAACCCCAGACUCGAUCCCCCCCCAUACAUCCCACCCAGCCUUGCCUAACUCAGCCCACCAGCCAGCUACGCAACGGAGCCAAGCCCCACACACACACCCCGCACACACAAGGCCCGCACUGCACACACGCCACCAACACACAUGCCCCGCACACACAUGCCUCUCACCCCAAUGGAGUGAGGAAUGGAGGGCUCCAUGAUCGGCUGGCCCCCGGCUCCCUACCCAGGGCGACCUCUUCCUCCUCCUCGUCUUCCUCAUCGGGGACGAAGAACCCUAAGAAGCUCCAGUCCAACCCCUCCAUCACCUCUCAGAGCAGCAAGAGGAGCAAGAGCUCCUCCAAGAGCAACAGCUCCCAGAUACCUACAGAGGCACAGGAUGACUGUUGUGUUCACUGUAUCCUGGCCUGUCUGUUCUGUGAGUUCCUGACUCUGUGUAACAUCGUGUUGGACUGUGCCACCUGUGGUUCGUGUGCGGGGGACGACUCGGCGUGUUUCUGCUGCUGCUGUGCCUCUGAGGAGUGUGGCGACUGUGAACUGCCGUGUGACAUGGACUGUGGGAUCAUCGACGCGUGCUGCGAGUCUGCAGACUGCCUGGAGAUCUGUAUGGAGUGCUGCGGCCUCUGUUUCUCCUCCUGAGCCUUUCAAACUGCACAGGGCGAUAAAUAUAUAUAUAUAUAUAUAUCUCUCACACACUGACACAGCUCAGGCUCAGUCAGGGAUACUGUAUAUAAUGACAAGAUGGUCUUGUCUCCACCCUAACAAUGGGAGUCAUUGUCCCAAAGGCAGGCGGUCUGCUUAUCGCUUCACCUCUUCCUCUCUGGCUCAGUAGAGAGGACAGUGAAGGGGCAUGAUCAUUGGUCAAUGUAAGGACAUAUCAUUGACUUUGACCAAGGUAGAGGGCUGACAUUGUUCAAUGUUAUGGACAAUCCAUUGGAAUUGACCAAUCAAAGGACAGGGACGACUCUUUGGCUUCUCCUGCUCACCUCUGUGUUGCUUGUCGGUUUACUAAGGAGGACUAUGGAUAUCUCUCAUUGUUAUGCAGAUGUUUUGCUUAGAGCCCGACCGAUAUGGGAUUUUUGGGUCUGAUAACGAUAGGAGGGAGGCAAAGUCACUGAUUUACUGAUAUAUCAGCCAAUAUAUUGUUUUUAGAGGUGGAAUGAAAAACACUUUUUUUAGAGGUGGAAUGAAAAAUACUUUUUUUACACAAAUUGUGCUCCAAAGGAUUAACGGAUACUCUAAAUGAUAAUUUCUUAACAAAAUAUUAAAAUAAACAUUAUUUAAGAUAUCCACAAAAAAAGUAACUGUAUCCUCUAUAAAUACAACAGUAAAACUUGUUUAGUGUCCCUUCUUAGACAAAUCUUUAAGUUGUACCCAUCUAUGGCAGUGGAUAAGAAGUAUGCAAAAGUGCUUGUGUUAAACCACCACAAGGUUGAAUGAAUUAAACUUAGUCUCAAAGUAUAUCUGAAACUGCACUGUUCACAAAUAAGCAUUGAAAUGCAGUAACAUGCCGUUCGUAAUGUCACCACUAGGUGUCAGCGUUUGUCUUGAGUAGAUUUACCACAGUGUCUACAACAGUCAAAGGUCAUGUAAACAAACACUUUAUGGCAACCUUGCAAUGAGAGUAGAAUAUGACAAGCACAAGCUAGCUGUUCAUUACAGAAACCAUAUCUACAUCACUGUUAUUUAAUACAAAAUAUGUUGGCUGUAAAUUUCAACUGCAAAUGGCAUGCGCUGAUGACUAAAAACAUUUAUGCAGGCAAAUGCUUGCCGCACUUGUUUUAGUCACACGUUCUCAUUUAGCUAGCUAGCUAGAGUUAUCUCAUCAUGAAUGCAAGCACAUGGCCUGCUUUUUGCAGAUUGCAUAUUUCGGAAAACAAACUAAAUAAGCCCACUAGCUAAUAGAAUAGGCCCAGACAGUAACAGUGUUCUUUUUGUAUCAAGAAUGAUUGUUCACUUUGGCGCUAGUCCAGUGUUGCACAUAAGUAGCAUAGAUUGCUAGCUAGCAAAGCUAACUACCUUGCUGGCUAGAUAGCUGAGCUUACGUUAACUAAGUGAGAAUGUGAUGAGGACAGGGCUUGCUUGGUGAAGUGUACUUUUGAUUAUAUACUUAUUCAAAUACGCUGGCUGUGGCAAGCUACUCACCGUCUAACCACCAUGCCUAUUCUCUCACGUUGUGACCUAGGCCUGAAUGAUGUUCAAUGAGCAGCUCAUAGAGCGCCCUCUUCAGGCAAACAUUAACCAUUAAAAAAAUGAUCACAAACGAGCAGACGUAUUUGUUUAUUCUAUGUAUAUAAUAUCUGCGCUUUAUCUGUGUAAUAAAGACCGAUACAAAUCUUUCUGUUAAAGGCUAAUAUCGGUCAACUGAUUUAUCAGUUGGGCUCUAGUUUUUCUACUGUAUGGUCGCUGUGCUCCAGCGAUGGUUCUGGACGGCUUCUCUCUCUGGACUGUUCCUUUGGACCCUCAGUGAGCCAUCUCUUAUUACAGCAGAACACCCUGUGUCUCCAGAGGCUCAGCAGCACAAUGACUGGCUCUCUCCAUGCAUGAGAAUGACCUCAAAGGCAAAUGAGAAAAUGGCUCCAUUUAACAGGAUUUUUGUGUUUCUGUAGAUAAGACUGCAGAGUAAUGGGAAAAUGGUCGCUCAGAUCUGAGCAGCACUCUAGUUUGUCCUUGGCAAGGUUAAAGUCUUCCAGUUUUAGUGCUAACCAUUUCUUUCUCAACGUGCACAGUCCAUGUGGAGGGUCUGUCUACUGCGGUUGUCCUGUCAGAGUUGCUGGGACUGGGAGUAGAGGGCUCAGCAACAAACCAAUGGAAAUGGGUCAACAAUGCUACAGACAUUUUGUUCCAUAGCCCAGCAUUAGCACAUCUAAUUCAGCUAAUCAAGAUAUUGAUUUUUAGUUGAUGAUUUGAAUCAGGUGGGUUAGUGCUGGGCUGAAUGAAAGUCUGCACACCCUUUGACUCUCGAAGAUCAGGAGUGAAGAACACUGGUCACUACAGUAGAGUCCAGUGUUUGUCCAUGACCCGUAGGUGCGUUGUAGACAGACCUAGCAAAGGACACAUCCUCCAUCUUACUCAAACAUGUGAAAGGAGAGCUCUUUCUCUUAGGGCUUUCCUCUUUCUGUGAUUUUAUUUUGAAUCUUAACCAUAUUGUCUGGAUAUUUUGAAUGAUUUCCAUGUUGUGCUGUAAACAGAUUUCAGAUCUAACAGAUAGACUGGAAGAGAUCAUUCAAACUCUCAAUGCCUUUACCUGAUAUCUGUCAUUCUCUUGUACUGUACUGUAUUUGAACGGAAGGCCUCCACUUUACUCCAGGCCUGGAUUGUCUCUCCUCACUACAAAAAUGAUAUUAAUCCAUCUUAUUUUAUGUUGAUUUUUAAAAAAAUAUAUUUGCAUUUCUCUUCCAAUAUGAAAAUUACAUUUCUAUGUUAUCCGUUCCAACCUCGCUCCCUGUAAAGCAGUAGUUCUUCAAAAUGUUAUUUUAUUCCCAGACUUAAAAUAUCUGGGGAUAUUAUGCUAAGUAAUUUAAAUGGUACGUAGAUUAGUUUUAUGAUAAUAGAAUAGGUCCUGCAAACUCAAACACUACAACACAUACCCCUUUCUGCCCAGCAACUCAUAUGCAAAUUGUACUAAAUCAUGUGUUUAUAUUGAACAUCCUGUGGAUCCUGAUUGCUCUGAUCUGGCACGGUGUGGAUCCUGAUUGCUCUGAUCUGGCACGGUGUGGAUCCUGAUUGCUCUGAUCUGGCACGGUGUGGAUCCUGAUUGCUCUGAUCUGGCACGGUGUGGAUCCUGAUUGCUCUGAUCUGGCACGGUGUGGAUCCUCGCAUGACUGUGUGAGUUCUCUCAUACCAAAGAAAAUAGUUUUGUAGCUUAGCCUGUGCCGAGUCUCCAACAUCUGGAUGUUCUGGUUUUCAGGGAAAAUGGAAAUAGAGCCUGUGAUGCUAUUCCACUUUUGGACGUUAACAAGGUGACUUUCCAUCUUAACUCCUCCUCCACAUUUACUGGAUUGGUUGAACGGUGCAGAAGAUAAACUUUUUUUCUUCUCGUCAAGACCAGUAUGUAGGGGAUCUAGUUUCAGACGUUUAUUUUACUCCUGCUACGUCAGGUUUGUUGUAGAUACAUCUUUAUCUAUGGAUCCUAUAUUCUGUAGAUGGUUUUCAGCUUGGUUUUAGGGUAUCAUUUGGCUUAUCAAACUAGCCUCUUGCUUUUAUUGAUUCCAAGGGCUUGCAGACUUGUUUUACUGGGUGCACCUGCUAAUGAAAGAUAUGCCUUACUUGGAAUACUAGCAAUCUCUCAUAAGAGGGCUAUCUAUCUGUACCUCUACACGGUGCCUGAGGUAAAAUUGAAUAGUUGCAUUAAGAUUUUAUCCCUGAUUAUGAAUUAUGUAGAGAGAGAGGCGUUGUGAUAUUGUACAUCCAAUCAAUGUUUGGUAAAGUCCUGGAAAUAUGCCUAGUCCUAACUAUGUAGGGGUUUUUCAUGGAAAAAAAUGUAAAUCAGAAGUGUGAAUUUGAGAGAUAGAUGAAGCCAUAAUGAUAUUUGUUGUCUUGGAUGCUGAAUCUGUCGUAGGGUAAAGUGGACCAAGACGCAGCGGGGAAAUGUGCACUCUUCUUUUAUUAAUCAGACAAAGAAGGUGAACCAAAACAAACACAACAAAAAAAACACAACGACUAAUAACAGGCCAGUAAGGCAACAAAGCUAUGCCCAGCACAAUCUCCCACAAAACACUAAAACCAACACAUACCUAUAUAUAGGACCCUCAAUCAGAGGCAACUAGAAAACACCUGCCUCCAAUUGAGAGUCCCCAAAUUAACUAAACAUAGAAAUACAAAGAACUAGACUAAACAUAGAAAUACAUUAACAUAGACCAGUGCCCAAAACCCGUAAUAAUAAAUCAAACACACCACUAAACACACAACCACCCCGAACCACAUAAAACAAAUACCCCCUGCCACGUCCUGACCAAACUACAAUAACAAAUAACCCCUAUUACUGGUCAGGACGUGACAGAAUCAAACAGGAACACAAGUUGUGGUGUUUAUACUCAAAAUAGUACAGAGACAACUGAAAAAUAAAUCAACUUGAUAAUGUCCAGAUGAACAAUUACUUUCUGCAUUCCCUAACAGUGCAAGGUACCUUUCCAGUGCAAUCUCUCAUUUUUUUAUUUAAAAAAAAACAACAUUUUAUCAAAUGUGCCUUCAAACAUCUCAUGGAUAUAAACUGUAAUGUUAGCCUGCUCUGGUGAAAGCAGUCAAUUCAAGCAUUAUGUCCAAUACAUGUGUGUAGUGUUUACCCAGUGCUGUGUGUAAUAAAAUGACUGUGUAAGAAGUGA